CCAUCAGCGAAGCGGGAUUAAAUCCUUCUAUUUCUUACAAAACGCUCUAUAAAAUCAUUCAUUCUUGAUACAGUAGACUUACAAUUUGUAAUAAAAACUCUGUUUACCAUACACAUUAUGUGUUUUUCUGAUAUCUUAAAUAAAGAUUUGUGAAAAACUUGAAAAUCACAAAAAAAGAUACAAUCAAAUCAAUAGCAUUGUGAUCGCAAGAUCUGUUACCUUUUGCGAAUCGUGUUGCAUUAUUGCAUAAAAUAAUGUUGUGUAAAAAUAUCGUUCGAUUUUCGUAUUGCCUCACGAGAAACGUUUGCAGGAGCUUUCACAUGUCGGGAAAUUCCAAUUACAAAGAAAACGAUAGUGCCAAGUGCGAUAAUACAAAAAAACCGCCAAGGAUACUGAUAACAGGGGGCCUCGGACAAUUGGGUACGGAAUGUGCGAAGUUGUUUCGUCGGAAUUACGGUAACGAGAAUAUCAUACUGUCGGAUAUUAUCAAGCCGACGGAAGAGAGCCUGGAGAACGGGCCCUUCAUCUUCGCCGAUAUCCUUGACUUUAAAGGUCUACAGAAAAUCGUCGUCGACUACAGAAUCGACUGGCUCAUCCACUUCAGCGCUCUGCUUAGUGCUGUUGGCGAACAAAACGUACCGCUAGCAGUGAGAGUCAAUAUCGAAGGAAUGCAUAACGUCAUCGAGUUAGCGAAGCAAUACAAGCUAAGGAUCUUCAUACCGUCGACGAUCGGUGCAUUCGGACCGGAUUCACCGAGGAAUCCGACUCCGAAUGUCACGGUACAACGACCGCGUACGAUUUAUGGCGUCAGCAAGGUCCAUGCCGAGCUCCUAGGAGAAUAUUAUCAUCAUCGAUUCGGUCUCGAUUUUCGGUGCCUUCGAUUUCCCGGCGUAAUCAGCUGUGAUCCACCCGGCGGCGGUACUACCGAUUACGCUGUAGCGGUAUUCCACGAAGGGCUAUUAAACAAGAGAUACGAGUGUUACUUGGAGCCUAACACUAGGUUGCCGAUGAUAUACAUCGAAGAUUGUCUGUCGGCGCUCUUUCAGUUUUUAAACACACCCGACAAAUUACUCCGUAGGAGAGUUUAUAACGUCACAGCCAUGAGUUUCACGCCCGAGGAAUUGUUCGACGAACUUCUCAAGUAUAUACCAGAUUUAAAAAUUACUUAUAAGCCAGAUAAACGACAGUAUAUCGCCGAAAAUUGGCCGCAAGUUUUCGACGAUAGCGAAGCACGACAGGAUUGGGGCUGGCAGAACAAGUAUGAUUUAGAGAGGCUGGUGAAAUCGAUGAUACAAGAUGUUAGCACCAAUUUUUUAUCGAAACACCGAUUGAAAGAAGUCAAUAGCUACGUAUAAUUACAUAAGAUUUAUGUAGCUAUAUGACUUCUUUCGAUUGGUGCACACGCUUUGCGAACUUUCAUAGAAUUACUGAAAUACUGAUCGAAAGAGGUCAGUAGUUAAUGUUGUCAAUUAUGUAAGAAUCCAAACACGCACACGCACAUUUGAUGUGUCCUUCCAUUACAUAAAUUAUAAGCACAGUAUUUAUUACGAAAUCAACAUAGUUGAACAAUUAUUAAUAAAAAUAUUGAUAAAUAAGAUAAAAAAUACAUAUUUGAAAAAAUUCUGCAAAGGAUUCAAAGAACAUGUAUAAAUAAAUUUGUAAUACAGAACAA